ACUAACACUCUACAGCUAUCGCAGGUAUCGUAUCCCCCAGAUCUCCUUUGUUCUUUAUUUUCUCCAUGUCCACAUUGUCCCUCAGCAUAUUCACCCCAACCGCCCGUCAUGACGGAGCUAUCGAGCUCGACGCGCUUCGCCCCUCCAAUCUUCCAGCCACGCAGCAAUUCGCCUCAACCAUCUCCUCGGCGCUACGGACGGUCGAACCUGGGUUCUGAGGAUGGAAAUUUUCGAGAUAUCUCCCCUUCGACGACCCUGCGCGCCUUCUCCGAAACUCCGAUAGCCUACAACAGUCCGGAAGAGCACAAAAUCUUUGACUGCGUCAAGACAGCAACCCCUGCGGAGAAGGACUUGGGGUUCAGAGUCGCCAAAGCUGCCGAGAGACUGAAGUCGUGGUGUCAGGAGAUCGAGCAAUGGGGAUGGUCCGGCACGUUUGAAGUGCCCAGCGAAGAGCGUCGUGAAAAGAGGCGGAAGAGCGUGCAAAGACACAUCAACGAACAUACAAAGGGCGUGGGUGGCUCGGAGGACAUUGGUCUGUUGAUAUACUGGGGUUCUUUGCUAUCUGCUGAGGUCAAGGCCUACGAAGCGCGUAUCGAGGACAUCGAGGCUGAGCGGGAGACUUUGGAUAUUGAGGAACUCAAAGGCCACAUCCUGGAUAUACAUGGCCCUAACAGGUCCAGGCCAUCCUCUAGUUAUGACACAAAACGACCGCAGUUCCUUCCGUUGGAUGACUUUUCUAUCUUAGUAACGCAAACCUUACUCCAGGCACUACCGUAUCUCUCGCGGCUCAAACUGAGCAUCGAUACUUGGUCCACACGUCUGACCAUCCUUUGCAGCACACCGAGAUUUUUGAAGGACCUCGGCACUACCCGAACUGCUUUAGAUCUGGCUUGGAGAACUCUUGAUCCCCCGCAGGAUGUCGACACGUCGGAUACCUCGUUUAACGACUGGAAGGAGACUCUGUACACGAUACUGGCAGAGCUGAAAGUCAUCGUUUCUGACCUUGGACAACGACUGGACCGGAUGCUGGACAUUCUUGAAGGCCGUGAGGACGCCCUACCGGAUACAUGGAUUGACGAUUUUGAGGAGUUGGAAUCGGAUUACAGUCGCUGGACUGUUGAAUCACGAAAUCGUAUUCUGGAUGUGGAGAUCCGACGAAUGAGAGCUAAGCGAAAUGCUACUACAGCUACCACCAUCCAGGGAAUCGGUCUAGACGGACGGGGUCCAAGCACUCAAGUUGAAGACAUAGCACCUCGGAAGUCGGAGACACUCCAUCGGGCCUCGAUCAACGAUCCAGCCGAAGACCUCAACCAAACUCCUAAAACCAGAUCGAACGGAAACGGGUUGGCUGCUCCGUACGAACGAUUUCCCGAUCUCAUUCCGGCGAAGGAAACCACUCAAGCGUCGCCUCAUACGCCCACAGCUUUGCGAUUAAGCAUUCCAGACUUUGUAACAUCACAAUCGAAGUUAAACGAAAACGAGUACAGCCUGGGCAACCGACCAGGAGAACAGGACGACACUGUCGAAGGCCAAACCGAAGACGUAGUAACUGGGCAAAAAGUCGACAGUGACGACGAGAAAGCUGAAUCAGUGGUACGCAAGCGCCCGGACUUGACGAUACUAAAACGUGCUUCCGUGACCUCCAUCGAGAGUUUCUCCAGACACCAAGUACGAACACCACAAACUCCUCAGUCACAUUUCGGGCUUCGCCGAGAUAGUGUAGAAUCCGCUUCUUCAAGUAUAUCGUUACAGUCAAGCCCAGCGAGCGCCUUGGAUGAUUCUCCAUCUGUCCGGAAUGCCUACAGUCGCAACGCAAAGGUUCCGAAGCCACCACUCAACUCUGCAAUGGCAAAGCGCCGCCCCCUCAAAACCCUUGACGGCUCCUCGGAUCAGAUGCAACCAUGGCCACCUACUAAAUUUGCGCAUGCCCUCUCACCAAAGAAGGACAACAGCACCGAAGACCUAGAGCGCAAGAUUAGCGAUAUUCUCACCACGAUCCCAGCGCACAUACGCCUCACGUCCGGCCCAGAAGCUGAUGCACCCGAGGUCAAGCCCACCCGAGUUGUCUCAGCCGGUGGCCGCUACGCCUCGAACGCGUCGCUCCGGGUUCCUCGUAGUGUCAAAUCUCCCGAACCAACUCUUACGCUCUCGCCUGUAAAGACCGAUCUCGACAAAUCUAGUAAUGCGCCCAACUCACGCCGCACGCUUGCAUCCGGUGACUCGGACAUCAAGCUCUAUCACCUCACCCAAAACGGCAUGGAUAAACCGCCCAUCAAACUCUUCGUGCGCCGCGUCGGCGAAAAUGGCGAGCGCGUCAUGGUCCGCGUCGGCGGCGGCUGGGCUGAUCUCGGCGAGUAUCUUCGUCAGUACGCAGAGCACCAUGGACGGCGCACGGUUAGCGAGGGCAAGUUCGAAGUCCUUGGUCUCGAGAAUUUGACAUCAAGUCCGGCGGGGAUGAUCAGGCCAGAUAGUCGACAUGGCGCAGGGACGCCACAGCCCAACCCUGCUACAUCUCCAGCUCGCGGCACUCCUGCUGCCAAGGCUGCUGCUUUCGCUGCUGCCGAUUCCGCUUUCAAUACACCCGCUUCUGUAGCCUCUGUAGGUACGCCUGCAAAUGCCAACGCUGAGGCCUCUAGUGCCUCGACUGGCUCUAGCCGGCUUUCAUGGGGCGGUAACGAGGUUGGCCUUGCGGGGCCGAAGUCGAAGAAAUUAGACUUGAGCGGGGAGAAGCUAGAGUGGAUUGAGGGUAUGAUGACUCAAGCGAGGAAGGUCUCGACUCAGGCUGUUGGUGAGAGUAGAGCCGCGAACGGGAGAGAAAGUCGGGCUGCAAAUGGGCGUGAGGGCAAAGUCGAGAAGGAUAGGGAGAGUCGGGAGAGCAAGGGUGAAAAAGACAAAGGCUUUGGAGAUUUGGGAAGGGUCGGUGGAACGAAGAGAGUUUUCUUAAGGGGCGGCAAGCCGGUGGUUGACUAGGGUAAGGUUGCAUUUUGGGAAACCCCUACUUCUUGGAUCAACUUUCAAGACGCAUCUGGUAUCUGCAGCGGUAUCAGCACAUGGAUUCAUUUGGAUCAGAGCGGGCUUUUGGAUAAAGCUGCGUGGCGGCAGGACUGUCGACGUACUUUCACCCCGCAUCUCCUUUUCUUUUGUCUUUAGCAGAAAUUUUUAUACCCGUAGAGUUCACGUAUACUUGUAAUAGUGGCGAUAGGCCUAAUACUCUAUUGAACCACCAGUCAAACACCG